GUGGCAAUACCGAUCAGGAGUGGAGGGAUCUCGUGUGACGGUCGCUUCUGUUUCGAGUGUUCGCCCAACAACAGGGGAGUCAGCACUACACAUGUGGCGUCGUUUGUGAGAAUAGCGGACAUGACGGCAGAUAGGACGCAGACCUUCCACAGAACACUCCUGAAUCUGCCCCCCUCCCUCAACACCCAGAGUGCCACCCAGUCCAGGAGACCCUCUCGUUGGUAG